GAGUCUGUCACCUGGAAACACUGUACGCUUGAUCGUUGAAAAUCUCUUCAGGCGUUAGCAUAUCCCUCGUUGGUAUGAUGCGAGUGAAACGACGUUCUCCCUAACAUCAGGAAGUGCUAACGAGAAGUAGAUAUCAGCACUCUUCCUUCGCGGAUUUGGCUGAAACGAAGUGGGCAAUAUUCAUGGCUUUUUGCACGGCUGCUGCUCUCGAUGCGCUUAUCGCAUCCUCGCUAUGUUGUCUGCUCGCUACCUCCUGCACUGAGUUCCCCAGAAUUGAUUCCUUCAUCACAAAGCUCAUACAUUACACUAUUGAUACUGGUUGUUUAACAAGUAUAUGUUCAAUAGCAGUUAUCAUUACGUACACUUUGAUUCCGUACAGCUUCAUCUUCUUGGGUGUUGAAUUUAUAGUGGCUAAAUUAUAUGUCAACUCGUACAUCGCACUCCUGAAUGCGCGAUACUACACGCAGUCUAACGCGGCCACUAUCAAUUCUCCCGACUCCAGCUCCCUCAGCAUUGGGCUGUGCAAGGCAUCGCAAGACGAGACACUCCUGGCAUAUCGGAGGAGUUUAGUCGAUAAACAUGUUGAACAGCCACCCCAGAUUUUGGUGACGGUGGUGAAGGAGUCUUUCGUGGAUCAAUGAGAAUUUUCUAUCCAUCUUGUUACGAGACACGACACCAAAGGAGUUUCCUAGUAAAUUAUCGAUGUGUGCCCGGUUGCACUACAUAGGGAGGAGGAUUGGAAACUUGUUUGAUGUGCAC